AUGUCCCAUCAGAACAACAAACGCUCCCGGACCACCUACGAAUCCGAUCACUCGCACGCCCCCUAUGCGACGUUUGGCACGCCUCUCCCCGACGAGGCCCACACGCGCGAUGACGGCUCCUUUGUGCCGGUGUGGAAGCAGGAGGUGAGGGACGAGAGAGGGAGGAAGAGACUCCAUGGCGCAUUCACGGGUGGUUUCAGUGCCGGGUACUUCAACACGGUCGGCUCCAAGGAGGGAUGGGCGCCCUCCACCUUUGUGUCCAGUCGCUCGAACCGUCGCAAGGACGAUGCGAGGCAACAGCGGCGACCUGAAUAUUACAUGGAUGAUGAGGACCUCGCGGACGCGGCCGAGGCGCAGAAGUUGCAGACGUCCGAGGCCUUUGCAGGGUUGGGAUCCUCUACGCAAGCUCAGGAUGGCGGCGGCUUGAAUGGCCUGCUCCGGCCUCAAGGCAACACAAUGGGUUUCAAGCUGUUGCGAAAGAUGGGCUGGAAGAAUGGUCAAGGCAUUGGGCCCAAGGUGCGCAGGGGAGCGCGUCUUGAUCUGAAGGAAGACGGCCACGGCGAAUUGUAUGCUUUUGCGCCCGACGAUGUACCGAUGAUUCAGUUUGUUCGAAAAACAGAUCGAAAAGGGCUCGGCCACGAUGGGGAGACAAGACUUGAUUCUUCGAGCACCACCCCGCGCAACGGGACAGAAGACGUUGACGUCGAAGAAGAGCCCAGAAGUAGAUUUUCCCUGCUUCCAGGCCCCAAGAAGAAGACGAAACCUGCCAAGGGGGGCAUCGGCAUGGGCAUUCUCAACGACAAUGGCUCUGAUGAGGAAGACCCGUACGAGAUGGGGCCGAAGAUAUCAUACAACAGGACUGUAGGGGGGGACAAGAAGAAGAAAAAGGCAAAGACAACGACAGCCGUCAAUCCGUCUUUGGACAGCGCGCCUGUCUUUUUACCGCGAACGGCCAGAGCCGGCAACAGCUUGCAGCGGUGUCACGAUGGACGGUUGCCCCUAGACGGCUUCGUACUGGCCAAGAUGACCACAGACUUUGCCAAUCGAUUGUCACGGUAUGCGCCACCCGAGGUUCCAUCUGGAUGGGUGUCAAAGAAGCAGCGAGACCAGCACGCGUCGGUUCCCGCGAGCCACGGAUCAGCAUCAGACGCCGCCAAGGCUUCCACACUCGAUGCGUCAGCGCGAGCUGCUCUCCUCGGUGAAAAGAUGCUGCCCGGGAAAUCAGUCUUUGACUUUAUGUCGCAGUCAAAUCGAGACAAGCUGGCUGCGGCGACGGGCAGAGCAGACCUCCCGCAAGGGCGGGGCGAGGUGCCGGAAGAGUUCCGACUGUCCGAGGAUGAGAAGCAACAGAGACUGUGGCAGCAGGUCCCCAAGCUGGACCAGGAGACGGCCCUCGCCGCAUUGGCGAGAAGCUCAAGCGGACCGUACGCUGACGACGAGGCAAAGAAGGCUCGCUACAGAGGGUAUCUGGAAUGUCUCGCCAGCUCUGCGCAACGACCGCUGCCAAAACCAGCAGGCAUGUCCGAUGCAGACUAUAUACGGGAGAUGAACGACUUUUACAACUGCGCCCGCAUCUUCAAGCCCAUGACAGGAUUCAUGGCUUCGCGCUUCACCACGUCCAAGACGAUACCAGGCUCCACCGGUGCCGGGGGGGACGACGCAGAGCUCGUCUCGAGACCGGAGCCCAAGGCGACAGAUCCGGCGGAGGAGGCGGCCAAGAUGGGCAUGUACGGGCAGAUGACGAGGUCGAUUGCCGACUUUCACCCCACGAGGCUGCUGUGCAAGCGCUUCAACGUGAAGCCCCCAGCCAACAGCGCGGAGCAGGAAGGAGACCCAGGAGCGGACGCUCAGAUGCCGGCGCAGACGUUCAACUCUGAUAGAGAGACUCGAGCAGAACACGUGGACAUGUUGAAGGCGCUAUCAGCUCCUGUGGCAUCCACCGCGCAGGCCGCGUCUGGGCAGAGGGAGAGGGGGAGCGUACCGGACCCAGAGGAGAACAAGGCGAUUGAGGGCGGAUCUGCGCACGCUGAAGUGCUCAAGGCCAUUUUUGGCGACAGCGACAGCGACAGUACCUACGGUAAGGUAGAGAGGGCCCCAUUCAGGCAGUGGAGGGCCAUCGCCUUGCUGCCGAUCUCUCCCAUCCGUCGCACCGACGAUCCCUUCGUCCUGGCCCCGUCCGCCCAGGCCCCAGCCAUCCUGCCCCUGAGCAACGUCCAGACUAGAGGAACAACGAAACCCAGCACCACGGACCUACACGCCUCGAGUGCCGUCGACGACGACGACAACAACAACAACCACCACCACCUCCUCAAUCGAGACCACCGCGCAUCCGACAACAACACCACCGCCCUGCAAAACCGCGAACGCUCGCCUCCGCCGCAGUAUCCCGCCUUUGAGGCACCCUCUUCCCCACGGCCCCCGCCGUUCUCGUCGCUCUUUACCUCACCGCCACCGUCCGGCCAGCAGCGCUGCGUCGGCAAGUACGCCUCUGUCGCCGCCGCCGAAGCCUCUGCCUCCUCGGACGCCGAAGCCGCCUCUGGAUCCUCCUGCGCCCCCGCCUACACCCCGCUAGAGCGUGGCCCCUUUGAGCCGCCGGCCUUUCAGCACGACCCCGUCGCCGAGACCAAGCAGAGUCUCCCGCGCGACAACAAGGCCGAGUCCUCCAGCAAGGACGACGCAGAGCCGCCGCCUGCCUACGAGGAGGAGUGCAGUCCGCCGCUCAACUCAUUUACAUUCGUCAUGGCUGCCGCCGGAGGUGCAGCGAGCAUCAUCACCCAGGUGCAGCAGGGUGGGCCGCCUGUCAACGCGAUCGGCGAUGUCGGCGCCGACGAGACCAUUGCCAUGGACCUCAGGGGCACGCGCUUCGUGCUGUCUAGGGACGAGCUGUUGACACUGCCCGAGUUUGUCCUGCUGUCACUCUUCCCCAACGGCCUCUUCCCCGAAGGCCACAUGGGUGGGCUAUCGGAAGGGGAUGCCGUGCAAGUUGAUUAUGACCCCGCUUCACUGCAGUACAUGCUUGACUUCUUUCGCAACGUGGCCCAGACGAUGCCGUCCGAAGGCUCGCCCGGCACGUCCCAGGACGGCGAUGUCAUCCCGCUCGAGCCCAUGGGCCUGCGCGACGACUCUAAGCGAGCCGGCAUCAUCGUGCUGCGCGAGGACCUGGACUUUUACGCCAUCCCGCCCAAGCAGGACAUUACCCAGCACGAGAUGCUGGCCGUCAAGCGCGCGGCCGCCAGGGCGCUCCAGCAGCAGGAUGGCAUCUUCUCCGGGCUGAAGAGGAGCGACGAGCCCGGGACCACAGAGGCCCAUCUUAUUGAGAUGCUGACGGCGGGAGGCUUCGAUCGUGAGGACCACUGGGGCCACCGCGCGGGUGAGCCAAACAAGGCCGUCAUCUGCAGCCUGGCGCUGGCGCGGCUGCGCAGCGACAUCCGGGGCAACGACGCGGGUGGCAACGCCGUCGGCAUGGCCCAGAAGCUGCUCCUGUUCUGGCGCAAGCCUGCGCGCCGAUGCUGGUGGGAGGGCAUUGAGCUGGAGAAUGUCGAGGGCGUCGACGGUCCGCUCAAGGUGUGGAUCCGACGUGUGUGGACGCUGGAGAUGAGCGUCAUCGGGUUGAGAUGA